AGAGAUAGAAAAUAGAAAAUAGAAAAUAGAAAAUAGAAAAUUGAAAAUCGAAAAUCGAAAAUAUAAAGGAAAAAUAAAAAACAUAUAAUAGUAAAAAAUGAUUCAAAAUAGGAUAGGAAUGAGAGGCCUAAGACUUGUGUUGGGAUUAGGAAAAUGUUCUGAAUAUUAUGGAAAAAGGUUUAUAAGUAGCGGAAAGGCUCAAUUUAAUGAAGAAACGCAAUCACUUGAUAGUUUAUUGAAGGAAUUAAGUAAAAAUAAAGAAAAGAAUCUGAAAGCCAAUAAAAGUUCAGUUCAAGCUGGGCAAAAUGAAGGCAGGUUGGAUCAGAAUUCUGCCGACAAAGACAAAAUCCCAUUGAAUAAAAAUAUUGGAAAUAAUAUCGUUGUUAAAAGAAUUUUACAUUGUUAUUUCAAAAAGAAUAAUACGUUUUUAACAUUGACAUCUGUUUUAAAAGAUCCUGAUUUUUUGAAGAAAAACCCCGAAAUGUCAUACAAUGAUAAAAUGCUAUACUUUUUGAACUUGCCAGAAAGGGUGAACAUGAGUUUAAGUACCGGACAAUUGGGAUUUAGAAAAGCAGCCAGGGGAGAGUACGAGGCAGCGUUCCAAGUGUGCUCCAGGAUGUUCCAGAUGAUGAGAGACAACAACCUCUUAGAUGUAGAUUUGGAAGUGGUCUUGAAAGAGUUUGGAAAGGGCAGAAACGCAUUCCAAGCAGCAUUGUUUGGGAAGGAAGGAAACCACGUUCGAGCAAAGGUCGUUAGACUAAGCGACGACACCAAGUUGAAGUUCGGUGGUUGUAGAGCCCGACGCCCAAGAAGAUUGUGAAUUGGGGAUGUGUGCUCUCUAGUCAGUGAUGCUGUUGGCGAUUCUUUAUAUAUUGUUGGUUAUCAGAGAUUAAUCAUACUCGUAUAAAUACGCUUGAUCAUUGGCUGUGGAGCAGCAACGCAGCAGCGCGUCGUUGUCGCAUACGAGCGCAUACACAACUGAGACCAUGUGUCUGGAUUCAAUUACAUAAUAAUUAAUAACGACUUAG